UCUGGUUUUUCUCAUUCUCAUUGCACCACAUUGCAAUCGCAUGCCAGAGUCGCCGUCGUGUCAUUUUUCCCUUCCCUUCAGCUCAGUGAAUUUCGUGUAAAAUCCAGUUUCUCUGGUGGCCUCGAUAUUCAUUGUGAUUUGUGUGUGCAAACUAACACUUUAGGUAAAUAUUCUAAUAAUAACCUUUUGGAAGGAUGCCACCGAAAAAGAAAGGGAACAAGAAAAAUCAGGACUGGUCCGAUGACGAGUCCACAGAAGCAGCAAAGCCAGUCGAGUCGAAGUCGAAGAAAGGCGCUGCGGCCAAGGCUGCUGGGAAAGUGAACGUGGCAGAUUCGGACGAUGAACCGAUUGGUAAGGGUAAGAAGGGUGCGGCGGUUCCGGUUCCGGCAACUUCCGGUGGAAAGAAAGCCGGUGGGGGCAAGAGCGGAAAGAAGGGAACUCGAGGAAAGAACGAUGAUUGGAGUGACGAUGAUGAUAGUAAAGAAAUAAAGAUCCCAAAGGGUAGCGACGAAGACGAGGCCAAGAUUGCCAAACCAGCCCAAAAGAAGAAAGCGGCUGCCAAGGGCAAGAAGGGUAAAGGAAAGGAAGAUGAUUGGUCCGAUCGGGAAGAGAAGGAAAUUAAACUUGGCGCAUCCGACGAAGACGAUGAGGAAGAAGAGGAUAUUCCAAAGAUAAGCUCGAAGGCAGCCAAGAAGAAGGGCAAAGCUGGCAAAAAGGCUUCCAAGAAGGUUUCCUCCUCCGAAUCGGAACCCGAAGAUAGCGAAGAAGAUGAAGAAGAACCUCCCGUUCCCGUUCCGGCUAAGGGUAAAGCUGCUGCUAAGAAACAACAAGCCAAGGGACGCAAGGAAGAGUCCGAAGAGGAAGAAAGUGAACCGGAAUCGGUUCCGGUCCCCGUAAAAACAAAAGUAGAGGAGAAACCUGAACCAGUGAAAGUGGUUCCUGUUGCUGUUGAACCACCAAAAGCUGAGCCUGUUAAAAACAAAAUAGAAAAAGUCAAGGAAGUAGAACCUGAGCCGGAACCAACGCCUGAUGAACAAGAAGCGGAGGAAAAGAAGGAUACCGUUGCGGAAGAACUUGUUUCUAAGGUGGAAGAAUUGGCUAUCGGGGAAACGGAGAAACGUCUUACUCACAAAGAGAAAAAGAAGUUGAAAAAGCAGGAAGAAUUCCAGAAACAAGUUGAAGCCAUGACAAAGAAAGGUGGCCAAGGUCACUCCGAUUUGGACAGUAACUUUACCAUGUCCCAGGCCAUGAAAAGUGGGAAUCAAAGCAAGCACAUGGAACACGCGGUGGACAUUAAGAUAGAAAAUUUUACAAUAUCUGCCAAGGGCAAUGAUCUGUUUGUAAAUGCGAACCUGUUAAUUGCCCAUGGUCGUCGUUAUGGCUUAGUGGGGCCAAACGGACACGGUAAAACGACAUUGCUUCGACAUAUAGCUAAUCGCGUUUUUGCUAUUCCGCCUAAUAUUGAUGUACUCCUCUGUGAGCAGGAAGUUGUUGCGGACGAGUUCUCUGCAGUCGAUACUGUUUUAAAGGCCGAUGUCAAACGAACUGCCUUACUCAAAGAAUGCAAAGAUCUCGAGCAAGAGGUUGAAUCGGGAAAACUAGAACUGCAAGAUCGACUGCAAGAAGUUUACAAUGAACUGAAAGCCAUCGGAGCCGAUUCGGCCGAACCGCGUGCCCGGCGUAUUUUGGCUGGUUUGGGAUUCUCUCGUUCUAUGCAGAAUCGUGCCACCCAAGAUUUCUCCGGAGGUUGGCGUAUGCGUGUCUCCUUGGCUAGAGCUCUUUUUCUCGAACCCACACUGCUGAUGCUUGAUGAACCUACCAAUCAUUUGGAUUUGAAUGCCGUCAUUUGGUUGGACAACUAUUUGCAAACUUGGAAGAAAACUUUACUGAUCGUUUCCCACGACCAGAGUUUCCUCGACAAUGUCUGUAACGAAAUUAUCCAUCUGGACACGAAAAAGCUCUAUUACUACAAGGGCAACUACUCGAUGUUCAAGAAAAUGCACAUUCAAAAGCGAAGGGAAAUGAUCAAGGAGUACGAAAAGCAGGAAAAACGCAUCAAGGAGCUAAAGGCGCACGGUCAGUCGAAAAAGGCUGCGGAAAAAAAGCAGAAGGACAACCUUACCAGGAAGCAGGAGAAGGGUCGUACCAAGGGUCAGAAGGCCGAGGAGGAUGACGGACCGGUGGAGCUGCUGGCCAAACCGAAGGACUACAUCGUCAAGUUCAACUUCCCGGAUCCGCCGCCACUGCAGCCACCGAUUCUGGGAUUGCACAAUGUUACGUUCAAUUUCCCCGGUCAGAAACCGCUAUUCAUCAAUGUGGACUUCGGUAUUGAUAUGAGCAGCCGAGUGGCCAUCGUUGGCCCCAAUGGUGUUGGAAAAUCAACCUUCUUGAAGCUCCUGAUCGGCGACCUCGAGCCAUGCACCGGGGAAGUUAAGAAAAAUCAUCGCCUUCACAUUGGCCGCUUUGAUCAGCAUUCGGGUGAACAUUUGACAGCCGAGGAAAGUCCGGCCGAAUACUUGCAGCGUUUGUUCAACCUGCCCUAUGAAAAGGCAAGAAAAGCUUUGGGAACGUUCGGCCUAGCCAGUCAUGCUCAUACGAUUAAGAACAAGGAUCUGUCCGGUGGUCAGAAGGCUCGCGUAGCUAUGGCCGAACUCUGUCAAAGCGCCCCGGAUGUGCUGAUUCUUGACGAACCUACCAACAAUCUGGAUAUUGAAUCGAUCGAUGCGUUGGCCGAAGCCAUCAACGAGUACAAGGGAGGUGUGAUCAUCGUUUCCCACGACGAGCGGCUGAUCCGAGAGACGGAAUGUGCCCUGUACGUGAUCGAGGAACAAACGAUCAACGAAAUCGACGGAGACUUCGACGAAUACCGCAAGGAGGUGCUGGACAGCCUAGGAGAGGUCAUCAGCAACCCAAGUAUAUCGGCCAAUGCAGCCGUGCUUCAGUAAGCCGAAAGUUUAAAAAAAAGUCUCCUAGGAAUUGAUCAUUUUAUUAAAAUAUAUUCGUUGCAGUCUUAUUUACCUUAUUGUGUAGCAUUUUCCAUAAAUAGAAAACCAACUACGAA